AUGUCGUACGUCGUGCAAGCAAGUCUCUUCGCAGGCGGUCUGGUUGUCGGAGCAGGAGGAGCCGUGCUGCUUUCGAGCAGCUCCCACAAGCCAUCGCCUGCCUCAGCCGCACCGACCCAACAGGCCGCAUCUCCUGGCACACCGGCGCUCACAUCGACCCCACCCACAGCCGUCGUCGACUCCGGCUUCACAGCCUCCGACCAGCUCGGACCAGCUGGCUACCCCGGACCUGUCUCCGACUUUCUCCAUCACGCCGCGUACGUUUCCUCCUACGACCGUCGACUGCGUCACCCCUCCUGGACCGCGGAGCACCUCACCUCGGCGUCGCUUCAACGACCACCGAAUGCACCUAAAUCCGAUCGAUCCAAUUCCGUCUUCAAGGAAGACCUUCGCAUUCCCGAGAUGUUUCGUGCCAAGAUGGCCGACUACUUUCGUUCGGGCUACGAUCGAGGACACAUGGUUCCUGCUGCCGAUGCCAAGUCCUCGCAGCUCGCGAUGGAUGAGACCUUCCUGCUCACGAAUAUUGCACCUCAAGUGGGCGUCGGGAUGAAUCGAGACUACUGGGCUCACACCGAAGACUUUGUCCGUCGUCUCACGUCUCGCUUCGCCGAUCUGUACGUCUUCACCAUCCCCCUCUACCUCCCUCGCCAAUACCCCGAUGGAAAAUUCCGCGUCAACUACGAAGUCAUCGGAACCCCUCCCAACGUCGCCGUACCCACGCACUUUGCCAAAGUCAUCUUGGGCAUCGGUGAGGCAAAAGACUCGCUCCCCGCACCAGGACCGAAACCGGAAUGGAAGGGCGCACUGGGCAAAGUAGGGUUGGGUCAUGGAAGCGGGUUGAUGGCGUUGGGUGCGUUUGUCAUGCCGAACAGUGUGAUCCCGAACGAGGCCAAGUUGGAGAGCUUUGCCGUGCCCGUGGAGACGGUGGAGAGAGCGGCGGGGUUGGAGCUGUUCCCGAGGGCGGUCAAGGAGAGCAGCAAGAAGUUGUGCGAGACGGUCAAGUGCGAUAUUGUGGUGAGGGAGUUUGCGGACAAGAGCAAGACGUUGAGUGCGCCUCCGGCCAGAGCGUUGCCGGUGCCAACGGCUGCAGGGGGAAGAAUGUAG